AUGGGGCCCCACGCCCCAACUGUUCAAUAUAAAUCUGUAACAAUAUUUCGUUUUGAAGAAUGGUUUUUUAAAUUAUUUAUUGAGUUUUACUUACGGCUGAGAGGUAAGAAGCCUCGCUUUUUGCAACCACUAGAAAUGAAAAUCGCCGACAGCUUGUUGGUAAAUGACGACGGUCACCGGUAUACGGUUGACAUCCUGUACGGCCCGACCAAAGUCUGCGGAGUCUUGAAACACCGCACGACAAGGGUCGAACAUAUCAAAGAGAAAUUGGAAAAACUUGGAUUCUACGUGAGACUCAGGCGAAUUCUGGACUACGAGAUGGUGAUAUUCGCUUUCGAAGGACAUACGGUUUUUACGUGCCUAGCAACCAACCUGUCGGUCUUGGGCUGUUCCACCAACGAUCCCACAGCAUACAAGCUGAUCAGCUUGUUGUUGGCCGAAUGCAAUCAUGCCAAGGAGAGUGUGUAAUAUAUGAACGUUGAAA